AUGAAAGCCCAAAUGAGUUUCAGCACAAAAAAACGAAAAUCGCCGACCGUUCGAAAGGGAAAGGCGACGUGCGACGAUGAGGAAGAUACCGGCGUCGAUCCCAUAAUGGGUCCCGCCGAGAAAACCGUUCGAGCUACCGUAUCAUGGAUAACAAAAACGCAGGCGGCCGGCGGAUUGCUCGACUGGUACACGAGAAACGUCGAGAAAUGCUCGAGCGCCGAACCGAUGCCGGCGGCCACGAUCUGGACGCAAUUCAAACCCAAAAAUCGAAGCGUCGAUCUUCCGUGCAUCGACGAGACGCGCGUGAAACUCAAAGACGUCGGCGAUCCGUCGAAGGACUACAUCCACGCGAAUCACAUCAAAACGCCGGGCACCGAUCGCUGCUUCAUCGCCACCCAACAUCCCAUCGACGUGUGCUACGACGACUUCUGGCGGAUGGUCUUCUAUGAGAACGUCGACACAAUCGUCGCCAUCUAUUCGCCCGACGAGCAACUCCCGUGCUAUUUUCCCAACGAGACCGGCAAAUUCGCGUAUCACGGCGCGUUUUUUGUCAAUUGCCGAAAAGUGGUGGCGUCGACGACGACGCGCUUCACACCGAUUCAGUACACCAUCGAGGUGUUGCCGGAGGGCUGCUCGAACAGUCGAAUGGUCACACUAUUGCAUUACACGUAUUGGCCGCGCGGAAUGGUGCCAGCGAAUCCGCGCGUCAUUCUGCGCACGUUGAAGCUUGUCAAAGUGGACCGCUCGACCAAAGGACCCGUCGUUGUUCAUUGCGCGUCGGGAACGAAUCGCGCCGGCUGCCUCAUCUUCACCGACAUGCUCAUCGAUCUCACGUUCCGCAAUUUGGAGCCCGACAUUCACGCGCUCCUCAAACGGUGCCGCGCGCAACGCGCCCAAUUUCUCGCCAACAAAUUCCUAUUCGCGUUCGCGAUUUACACGUUCAUGGAAUACGUCAAAAUUCGUUGCCGCAAAUACAAAACGCUUCCCGACGUGCUCAAAGACAUCGAGGCGUUUCAAGCGGCGAUGGUGAAGGUGAGACGAGUCCAGCGACGAUUUUGA